UGUGUCAUGAUUUCUGUUCUGAAAGAUAAUUUCCUGUGGUUGUGAUUUUCUCUCAGUGGAGAGAAACUAAAAAAGAGACAGACUGUAAGUUUAUAAAAAAGGAAGAAGAAAAAGAAGAGGACACAUACAGGAGGGUUUUGUGUUGGUCCAGUAAAAACUCUCUGCCACACAUACUUUGGCUUGUUUGCAAAGGCUCGUGUUGGAGCGAGGAUCUCCCCGUCUCUCUCUGCUCUGUGAAAGGAUCCACUGAUGAAGAGUCGUGCAGGGAGGUGGUGCAGCUGCAGCCUCCUCCUCCCCCUCCUCCUCCUCCUCCUCCACAGGCCUCAGAUGGCUGCUGCCUGUGUUCAGCUCCUGUUGGCUGCCACCCUGUGGAUGAUGCCUCACAUGGGAGCUGCUGCUGCAGCCGUGUUGUCGAGCUCCACGGAGCUGCUCAACAUGACUGGAGCUGGAGCUGAGACAGACUUCAGGAUGCUCAGUGGAGCCGUCAGCAGACGUAAACGAGCCAUUUCAUCCAGAGAGAUCAACGCUCUGCUGGAUUAUCACAACCGGGUCCGCUCUCAGGUUUUCCCCCCCGCAGCUAAUAUGGAGUUCAUGCUCUGGGACGAGGGGCUCGCUAAGUCAGCUGACUCCUGGGCUUUACGAUGCGUUUGGGAUCACGGUCCGACGCAGGCAAUGAGAUAUUUGGGCCAAAACCUGUCAAUCACUUCAGGAAGGUACCAGUCCAUCACUGAUCUGGUCCGGACCUGGUAUGAUGAGAGGCAUCACUUCUCCUACCCGAACAGAUGCAGUGGAUCAGUGUGCUCUCACUACACUCAGAUGGUGUGGGCGAGCACCAACAGAGUGGGAUGUGCUGUCAGGAAGUGCUCAAACAUGUACGUGUUUGGAAACACAUGGAGGGAGGCAACGCUGCUCGUCUGCAACUACUCUGUGAAAGGGAACUGGGUCGGAGAGGCUCCCUAUAAAAGCGGAAAACCUUGCUCUGUCUGUCCAUCCAGCUAUGGCGGCUCCUGCUGGAGAAACCAGUGCUCACCAAACACAAAGCACAGGACACUUAAAAGAUAUUAACACAACAUGUGGUUUUAAAUGUGUUUUAAUGAGAGUAAAGAAGUCACAACACAUUUAAAGUCAAGUUUUAACCCACACGAGGGCUGCAGCUGCCCAGUUAUAUUAAUGAAUGUUUCACACACAGGUGAGUUGGUGUAGUUGUAUGUACAGUGUAUGUUUCUUUUCAUUGCUGUUGGUCACUAAUAUAAUAGGACUGAACGCCAAAGAAAUGUUUGCCCAUUAGUAUACUUCUUGAAGACAUGAUGGAGAGUUUUUGCACUGCUAGUGAUUACUGUUUUUGAUGCAUUAACCAAAAAUAAAGCACUUUUGUUGUACAGAUCAUAUGUACUGUAACCUUGGAUGUGUUACUGAUUCUUUUUCUAACCUGAUUUAAUAUUUGCUGUUUCUUUGUCCAUUGUGGAAAAACUGUCAAAUCAUUCCUGCAGUGAUUGUGUUCAACUCACGAUUGUCUGUUUGCCUGAACAG